AUGGAGAAGAAAGAUCAGGCGGUACCGGCAGACGCUGCAGAUCCCGCCCAUGCACCAGCAGCUUCCGUGCGACGUCCAUCAAUAAAGGUGAAAACGCGAGAGCAGCGUCAACGACGGGCCCCGACGUCGUUCUCACCGAGUGCGGCCACCCCACUCCGGAAAAGCCGAAAGCCCGAGACUUCAAGUCCAGUAGCUAUCGGUACCUCUCUUCCUGUUGCUGCUACCCCUCCUCGUCCGGAACACAAGCGACUGGAGAAUAGGGUGAAAUCGCAGGCUCACCGGUUGCGAUACCCGUUAGCCUUUAUCGAGGCAUACGAGGCAGACGGGUGGCGCAAAUCCAGCCGAGACAAGCUCCGACCCAACAAAGAACUCGAGGCCGAACACCGCAAGAUUGUGAAAGGCAAACGCGCGCUGAUCGACGGUCUCCGUGAACUAAAGGCGCUCAAUGCACACGAUCCGGUUGUACCACCGCAGGCCGUGUUUGAAGAUGUGCAUUGCUCUCGCUGCGGCAGCACCGAUAUCGAGCCAGACAACGAUAUCUUGCUCUGUGACAGUCCCGGUUGCCAUCGCGCAUACCAUCAGAAGUGUCAGACUCCGAUCGUCUUGACUGCCAAGAUCCCAGCAGGUGCCGAACUGUGGUUUUGUGAAGUAUGUCUAUCCAUCUUUGAGUGCCUCAAGUCGAUCAACUCGGUGUUCGGAACGACGUACGAAAGCACCCAAGACCUCUUCCCCGAGCUUGCUCAGUCCGAGCAACAAGUAGCAAUGGACGAAAGCAGCACUGCCCAGCCAAGCGAGAAGAUCGUCAGUGCUCGCGCUGAUGAGGAUGAAGAUGAAGAAGAUGACGAAGACUUUGUUUGCGACGAAGGAGAGGCUGACGAGGACGAGGAUGAUGAAGACAGUGACGAGAAGGCGUCAAGCGAUGUUGCAGGUGAAGGCGAAGAAGAAAUAAGUGAGGAAGUACCCGAAGGUGUUCAAGACUUGCUCUUUCUCAACAAAGACGACGUCAUCGACCUGAAUCAUCGGUCAAUGCGGUCAAAAAGUGCAAGUCGACUACCAAAGCCCGCUCAUAAAAAACGAAGCCUUCUUGGUGAGUCGGCAGCUAAGAUCGACCGUAAAACUGGCGGACUAAUCCUUGGCGUCGUUGCUGAGCUCGAGCCGCCGUCGAAAGGCAAAUAUUCGCGCUGGCGUAUUGACUACCGUGACGGAAGCUCGGAACUGCUGACGCGGAUCAAGACCCAGGCUGCCAUAAACCGUGCUGCGGUCGAGGACCAUGACGAUGGUCAACAUGGUGAUGGAUCCGAGGGAGAUUCGGCACUGAUUGUCCGUGGAAAGCGUAAACGAAACGACGUAGACUAUCGCGAGCUGAACAGUCUCAUGUUUGCCGGCAAAGACGAAGACAGCGAAGAUGACGAGAACUUCGAGGUCAAAGAAGGCAGUGAUGGCGAAUCUGACGACGACGAGGAGGAUAACAACGACGAAGAGAAGUCGUACAACGAGGGUGGAGGUGAACAAAAGUGUGUUGAAGGCGAAGGCGUGCCGGAUCAAAAACUGACAACUGCCGUGACCGCACCGCAUGACGAAGUCUCGGAAGCGUCGGUCGUAAAGCGCAGUCAUCGCAAGCGUGAGUUCGUUGAUUACCAUUCCAUGCACGAAGGCCUGUACUCAUAG